CCAACAUGUCGCAUAGUAAAUUGAAGUUCUCUACAUUCCAUCCCCACAGGAUUGCAACAAAGUAUAUAAAUACAAGCAAACGACAGCUACGUUCGCGACGCGACCUCUUUCACCAUCAAGCAACACACUUUUCGACGUCAACUACCCUUGCAGCUCCCUGUACAACUUCAACCGCUCAGCUGCCCUAGCCCGCUUCUCGUAAAUUUUCACCUGUUCUAUUCAACAUAAUGCCUGCAAUGACCAUGUCUGCGGUACACCCUGCCCUACGAACAUCAUCUCCUAUGUCAUACGUUUCUUCACCCCUUGCUGCAUCCUCAUUGAACGGCCCGUCUGGCUCGCCGAGAGCAUUACCUAUGCGACCAUCAUUCCCUCACUCUCGUCCUUUGAGACCCUUUGUCUCAAUAUCACAAAGCACUUCGUCGCGCUCAUCAAAAAAACCCGUCAAGUUCAUAGAGCCACCAAAGGACACCAAGACAGUCUUUGUACUUGACUUGACCCAGGGAGAGCUGAGCAGACAGGAUUGAGCUGGCGGGAUACUUGUGUCACCCUUGCACUAGACUAAUGGGAGUACUCGGGAGCCAUAGAUCAAUGUUCCAACUCUCGUUUGGCGCGUUACCCUUUUCAACCAGAUUGUAUGAUUGGUGACUUCUUUUUAUUUGAAGUUUUUUAUUAUCUGUGUAUAUAACUCAUUCCGACACAGUACUAGUACCGCACACUAGCAUACAAUACGUUCCCUUCACGCAAUAGUUUCAUUAUGUCACUCGCCUUGAUCACGAUGCGUAUCAUUCUACGUCCCACACAUACUCCCACCUGUUCAACACAAUGCGUAUUAUUCCACAUACCCGCUCCUGUUUCAACUACGCAUACCUUAUCACAAUGGGAAGUUUGUUGUUUGUUUUA